AUGGGAACCGCAGAUGCACAAAGGCUCCGGGACUGCAAAGGGCUAGCCCUGUUCUGCAUGAUACUGGUUACCGUUUGGGAGGCAGUUUCUGGGCAGAUUCGCUAUUUUAUUCCGGAGGAAAUGGAGAGAGGGUCUUUUGUGGGGAACAUCGCAAAGGAUCUGGCGCUGGAUGUACAGCAACUCUCAGACCGCGGAGUCCGUAUUGUUUCCGGAGGUAAGACUCAGUACUUUGCUUUAGAUUUCAAGAGCGGCCAUUUAUACAUCACGGAGAGAAUAGACAGAGAGCAGAUAUGUGGUCGAGUGCAGAAGUGUUUGUUAAACUGUGAAGUUAUAGUGGAGGAUAAAAUGAAACUUUUUCCGGUCGAAGUUGAAAUCACAGAUAUUAAUGAUAAUGCUCCCAGCUUCCAGUCAGAAGAAUUCCAGUUAAAAAUCAGUGAAACAACAGCGCCAGGGUCACGGUUUUCUGUGCGUCAGGCAGAGGAUCCAGAUAUGGGACUAAAUUCCAUCCAGAGCUACCAACUCAGCAGUAACAGGCAUUUCUUACUGGAUGUAGAAACGCGAUCUGAUGGAAUAAAAUACGCUGAACUGGUGCUGGAAAAGUCUCUAGACCGGGAAGAACAAGCCGUUCACAAUCUAAUCCUCACAGCCACAGACGGGGGAGAUCCAGUCAGAUCCGGCACUGCGCAAAUCCGCGUUAUUGUUCUCGAUUCUAAUGACAAUGCCCCGGUUUUUAGCCAGCCUGUCUACAAAGUGAGCGUUUGGGAAAAUGUGCCUGAAGGUUCCACGGUUGUUACAGUAAAAGCCACUGACCUGGAUGAAGGAGUCAACAAAGAGGUGAAAUACUCUUUCCAAAAAAUCACAGACAAAGCUCCCCAAAUGUUCCACUUGGACCCGAAAACGGGUGAAAUAACAGUCGUGGGGAAACUGGACUUUGAGGAAGCUGCAUUGUAUGAAACUGAGGUGCAAGCGCAUGACGUGGGAGGUCUUUUCGACAAAUCGAAAAUUAUAAUCCUUAUUAGCGAUGUGAAUGACAACGCUCCGGAAAUCUCUCUCAGGUCUUUCAUCAGCUCGAUCCCCGAGGACUCUCCCCCCGGGACUGUGAUCGCCCUUUUAAAUGUGCAAGAUGCAGACUCAGGAGAGAACGGGGAGGUCACGUGCUCCGUACCCGGCAACCUCUCCUUCCAGCUGAAGAAACCCUUCGAUAAUUAUUACAGUCUGGUGACUGACCGAGCCCUGGACAGGGAGCAGGUGGCAGCAUACAACAUCACAGUGACCGCCACGGACAAUGGGACUCCUCCUCUUUCUACAACCACCACGAUCCCACUCCGGAUUUUAGACACGAACGACAAUGCCCCCUUCUUCGAUAAAACAUCCUACACCGCCUACGUCACGGAGAAUAACCCGAGAGGAGCCUCCGUUUUCUCCCUGAAGGCCAAUGACCCCGACGAAGGGGAGAACGCCAGAGUCACUUACUCUGUUACCGAGGGUCAGAUCCAGGAAGCUCCGCUCUCCUCCUCCAUCUCCAUUAACUCCGAGACUGGGGCUCUCUACGCUCUGCGCUCCUUCGAUUACGAACAGUUCCGGGAGAUUCGGUUCCAAGUGCAGGCUCAGGAUGGGGGUUCCCCACCUCUCAGCAGUAAUGUCUCCGUCACUCUCUUUAUACUGGAUCAGAAUGACAACAGCCCGCACAUCUUACACCCCUCCUUUCCCACCGAUGGCUCCACGGGAGUGGAGUUGGCCCCUCGCUCCUCCGAGCCGGGUUACCUGGUCACUAAGGUGGUGGCGGUGGAUGCAGACUCCGGGCAGAACGCCUGGCUCUCCUACCAGCUGCUGAAGGCUACAGAGCCGGGGCUCUUCUGUGUGGGACUCCACAGCGGCGAGAUCAGGACAGCGCGCUACUUUGUAGACAAAGAUGCGCUCAAGCAAAGUCUGGUGGUUUUAGUGAAGGACAGCGGACAGCCCCCUCUCUCUGCCACGGUCACUGUCACGGUGGUGGUGGCUGACAGCAUCCCCGAAAUCCUCUCCGAUUUAAGCAGUCUCUCAGAGCCUGCAGAUCCCCAGUCCAGCCUCACCUUGUAUUUGGUGAUCGCUGUGGCUUCCGUUUCCUGCUUGUUCUUUACCUUUAUCAUAGUGUUACUGGCCCUGAGGCUCCGCCGGUGGAGAAACUCGCAGCUGUUUGACUCCUCGAGUGUGACUUUCAGUGGAGUUCCCGUCUCGCAGUUUGUGGGGCUCGAUGGAGUCAGAGCUUUUCUUCACUCCUACUCACAUGAGGUUUCUCUAACCACGGACUCCAGAAAGAGCCAAUUCAACUUUCCCAAAUCAAACUAUUCAAAUACUCUGACUAGUCAGCAGACUUCCGAGAUAAAGAAUCCUAUUCUAAUGACUGAAGAGUUAUACAUUAAUAACGGGGAUGAGACCUCUGUUCAGAGAUGCUUCAAAUCUGGAACACUUCAGGGGAUUAAUGAAAACAAAGAAGACAGCAAGAAUAGUGCAGAUCUGACAGGGACCGGGAUGGAAAUCAGACGCCGAGAGCCGGGCCGGGCAGUCACACGGCAAGUACUGUUAUUUCCCUUCUUAUUGUUUUUGUUUUGCCGGGCGGUCUCGGAGCAGAUUCGUUAUUCGAUUCCUGAGGAAAUGGCGAAAGGUUCCCUUGUGGGGAAUCUCGCCAAGGAUUUGGGGCUGAGUGUGAGAGAACUGCCCAACCGGAAGCUCCGUGUUGUCUCUGCAGCUAAAAAGCAAUACUUCAGCGUGAAUGGAGAAAGUGGCAACGUCUAUGUGAAUGACAGGAUAGACCGGGAAGAGAUAUGCGGGACAUCUCAACUCUGCGUCAUAAAUUUCGAAACUGUGCUGGAAAAUCCCUUGAAUGUUUUCCACAUAAAUGUCGCGAUCCAGGACAUUAACGAUAAUGCCCCGCGUUUCUUAAAAGAUAAUAUCAAACUAGAGAUUAUUGAAUCUACUUUACUAGGUGCCCGUUUUCUUCUGGGAAAUGCUGAAGAUCCUGACGUUGGGAUGAACUCUCUGCAGAGUUAUCAGCUGAGCCCCAAUCAAGAUUUCAUCCUGGAAGUCAAAGAGAGCCAGGAUGGCAAUAAAUAUGCAGAUUUAGUGCUGCAGAAACCCCUGGAUCGGGAGAGCCAGAGCAGCCUUCACUUGAUCCUCACGGCUGUGGAUGGGGGAGAGCCGCAGAGAACUGGGACCGCCCAGAUAUGGAUUAAUGUCACCGACGCCAAUGACAACCCCCCCAUCUUCACACAGGAGCUCUACAAAGUCAGCCUGAGGGAAAAUGCACCGACGGGCUCCUUAGUGCUUCAGGUUAAAGCCACCGACAACGAUGAAGGUUCAAAUGCUCAGAUCAGCUACGUCUUCAGCAAUAUUCCAAAAAAAGCCCGUCAGAAAUUCAGUCUGGACCCAGAAACCGGGAAAAUUACAGUGAAGGACCCUUUGGACUUGGAAGAGUCACGCGAUUAUCGCAUGGCAGUAGAAGCAAAGGAUGGAGGCGGACUAGUAACACACUGCAAAGUGGAAAUCGAGGUUCUUGACGAGAACGACAAUGCCCCCGAAAUGACACUCACAUCCAUGUCCAAUCCAGUCCCAGAAGACUCACUGCCCAGGACAGUGAUAGCUCUGAUCAAUGUUAAGGAUCAAGAUUCUGAAGAUAAUGGAAAGGUCUCCUGCCAUUUGCAGGAUGAUUUGCCGUUUAAGAUAAUAUCGUCUUCCAAUAAUUAUUAUAAAAUUGUCACAGACAGCACCCUGGACAGGGAAAGGACCCCGGAGUACAAUAUCACAAUCACAGCCAUAGACAAAGGCUCUCCCCCCCUCUCCUCCCAGAAAACCAUCCUGUUGCAGAUCUCGGAUAUCAAUGACAACGCCCCUAUCUUUGAGAAACCUUCCUAUAUCGCCUAUGUGCCAGAGAACAAUCCCUCGGGGGUCUCUAUUUUCAGUGUAAAAGCCUCAGACCGGGAUCUGGACCGGAACGCCCGAGUCACUUACUCCAUCCUGAGCAGCAACCUCCAGGAGCUGCCUCUCUCCUCCUACAUCUCCAUUAACUCCCAGACCGGAGCUAUCUACGCGCAGCGCUCCUUCGACUAUGAGCAAUUCCGGGAGUUUGAAGUGCAAGUGAAGGCCCAAGACGGCGGGUCCCCGCCUCUCAGCAGCAAUGUCACCGUCAGGCUGUUUAUUCUGGAUCAGAAUGAUAACUCCCCUCGCAUCCUGUACCCUUCCCUCGGAGCCGAUGGCUCCGCCUUGUUCGAGAUGGUCCCUCGCUCGGCCGAGGCAGGUUAUCUGGUGACUAAGGUGGUGGCGGUGGAUGCUGACUCAGGACACAAUGCCUGGCUCUCCUACCAUCUGCUCCAGGCCACGGAACCGGCGCUCUUCAGCAUGGGGCUGCACACCGGGGAGAUCCGGACAGCCCGCGCCUUUGCGGACAGAGAUGCUGUGAAGCACAGGCUGGUCACCCUGGUGAAGGAUAACGGGCAGCCGCCUCUCUCCGCCACAGUGACUCUCAACCUGGUGUUUGCCGAGAACUUCCAAGAGGCUCUUCCGGAAAUGAGCGACCAAUCGGGUGACUCGGCACCUCAGUCUGAUUUACAGUUUUACUUGGUGCUGGCUUUAGCCUUGAUCUCAUUUUUAUUCCUCCUGACCGUUACACUCGUCAUUGUGGUGAAAUUGCGAAGUUCAAGGAAACCUAAAUUACUUCAGUGUUUUGGUCCUGACUCUUAUUCAGAGGCUAGCCAUAGGUUCGCACUGAACUAUGAUGAUGGAACUUUACCUUAUUCAUAUCAGCUGUGUUUAUCCUCGAAUUGCAAGAAGAAUCCUAAUGUCCAGAUAGCAGAGAAUAUUCUGAGCAGUGACAGCUCUGGGAUGCUAUUUCUGGGCAAUGGAAGUAGCAUCUUACAUGCUGAGAAGGAGACUGCUGGGGAGGUAAGCUUCCAAUUUCAUAUUCAUCUUUGUUUGCAGAUUUUUAAAUUAUAUGUUUACCUCUUCAAGGAGUGUAGGAGGUCAUUGUGA